AUGAAGUCGCAAUGUGCGGUCGAGCUCGAUGUGCCCGUACGUCUCCGACGUGCCAUUCUCCAAAACGACGUCUUGCUGGUCAAGCGUAUAGUCAAGAACAACCGGCGGAGUCUCGAAAACCCAGAUUUUGCGGACAAGAGCAAUACCUCACUGCAUCUGGCCGCGGUUAAGGGGCAUGUCGAUAUUGUCAAACUCCUCAUCUCAUUCGGCCACGACUCGUGCAAACCCCUCAUCGACCCAACAGGCUACGACGCCGCGCCUGGCAUCGCGCUCAACACCGAUGGCUCAACGCCUUUGCAUCUGGCGGCCGCACACUCGCACGCGCGCUGCGUCCAAGUCCUAUGCGAGAGUUUCCCGCACAUCACAAACGCGCGCAACUACGAAGGCAAAACGGCGCUGAUGCUGGCUGCGCAAGGCUCGAAUCCGGGGCACGCACCUGUCGUACUCAACACGGUGCAUAUGGCUGGAACAACAACAACAGCAGCAACAACAGCAGGAACAACUCGGCCACGCGCAGUCUCCUCCGAAGAAGAUACAGCGACGAUCACGACGCUGUUAGAUCAUGGCGCUGCAGUGGGAGUCACAGAUCUUGCGGGAAAUACGGCGCUGCAUCAUGCGAGUGCGUGGGGGAACCUCAAGGCUGUGCGGAUUUUGCUUGCUGCAGGAGCGCCGCCGUUUGUGCGGAAUAGGGCAAAUCAUACGCCGUUUGAGUACUCGAUUACGAAGCAGGCGGCGCAGUAUUUUCAGAGUAUUAUUGUAGAGUUUGGGAAGCAGCAGCAGGGUCAGGGUCAGGGUCAGGAUUCUGGUGGUGGCCUGCAGCUUAAUACUGCUGCUGCUGCGGCAGCCUCCGAUGCAGCUCCAGCAGAUGAACCAUGGUCUGCUACGUCGGUGCAGUCGUUGAAAUCUAAAAGCCCGUUUGCAAAAGGAAUGUCGCCGAGUAAAGGAGGGCUGAGGCUUGUUAUUGAUACGGAAAACAACGAGCUUGCGGAUAUCGAGGACGACGAUGUCCCGUUUACGGCGAGGAAGGUGUCUAUUGAGGAACAGCGACUCAAGUCGUGA